UCGCGAAUUAGCCUGGUCGGUUUCUCGGAUGGACUUUCCCAUUGGGGUAAUUGAGGGACGAGGUAGAUAGAGCUUCAGUGUGCCAUCCCCAAGAGUGGGGAAGCUCUCCAUACUCGUGGGAAUGGUACACAGUGCAACCCGAGAGCACAAUGGCCGGAGCAAACGAUAUCUUAACAUCAAUUUGCAAGUUCCUCACGGUUUCAUCUUUCUGCACUUUCUUAUCAGCAUUCAUCCUCAUUCCAACCUAUCGUUAUCGCAACCCGGCGACCUGCUUACUUACCGAAUACAAAUUCCAUUUCACAGUCGUUCGAAUCCAUAAUGGGAUCUGAGGCGCCGGAAAGCCCAAGUCUCAUUGAUGCUAGCAUCUCUGAGCUCCAAGAGGCUUUGGCUUCGGGAUGGACGACGAGCGUUGAACUGGUAGCGCGAUAUCUUCGAAGGAUCAGUGUCUAUGAUGCGUCUGGACUUACCUUGAGUGCCAUUCCCAUUCUCAAUCCGUCUGUCUUCGCGGAGGCCGAGGCAUCUGACGCACGGAGGGCCGCGGGACUCGCAACUAGACCCCUAGAGGGCAUCCCUUACCUUGUCAAGGAUAGCAUAAAGGUAAAAGGCAUGACUGUUGCCUCUGGGUCCCCUGCUUUUGAAGGUCUCAUUGCUACGGACGACGCUGCUUGUGUGAAGAUCCUUCGAGAUGCAGGAGCAGUCCUUCUAGGAAGAACCAACAUGCCCGCUAUGGCUUACGGGGGUAUGCAGCGUGGUUCGUAUGGCCGCGCUGAAAGUCCAUACAAUAUGGAAUAUUUGACGGCAGCAUACGGAUCGGGAUCCUCCAAUGGCUCUGCCACGGCAACCGCGGCGAACUUCUGUGCCUUCAGCUUAGGAUCUGAAACGGUUUCCUCAGGACGAUCUCCCGCAUCAAAUAAUUCGAUUAUUGCGUAUACGCCGUCCAAGGGUCUCCUGCCGAUCCGUGGAGUGUGGUCACUAUACCCAACAUGCGAUGUAUUGGUACCUCACACGCGUACAAUGUCCGAUCUCUUCCAGGUGCUCAACGUGCUCGCUGUCACCGAUGCAACUCCUAAAGGAGAUUUUUGGAACGAGCAGAAGAUUAUUCCCUUUCCAGCGAUUGAGACCAUCCGUCCUCCCAGCUUCAAGGAGCUAGAGAAGCCGUCUUCACUCCAUGGUAAACGGUUGGGAAUACCGUCCAUGUUUAUCAACGGGGAAGAUCCUCUACCAAACAAAAUACACACAAGACCUUCCAUAUUGAAGCUCUGGGAAUCGACAAAGCGUGAACUGGAGUCUUGUGGUGCCACUGUUGUCGAAGUCGAGUUUCCUCUCCUCUCCACGUAUGAAGCCAACGUCCAUCGUAACCAAUUAGUGACCAUCAAGGAUCUCCCAGAGAAAUGGCCAGCAAGGGAAAGAAGCGAUCUUGUCGCCCACGCAUGGGAUGACUUUUUGGCUACCAACGGCCAGGCAGGAUUAGAUUCUCUCGCCUGCGUUAACCCAGACGAUAUCUUUCCCCUUGCUCCUGGGUCCCUCCGUGGCGCACCGAUCCCAGCGAACCAGCUUCAAUGGAAACAAAUUGUCGAAUAUCCGAGGACCAAACCAAGCUCUAUUUUCGAUGUCCCGGAUAUGGAGCCAGCACUGAAAGCCCUGGAGACCGCACGGAAGGAAACGCUUGAGGAGUGGAUGGACAAGCAAGGCUUGGAUGCAAUCGUUUUCCCAGCGAAUUCAGAUAUUGGACGCGCCGAUUCCGACGUUAAUCACGAAUCUUCGCAGUUUGCAUGGACAAAUGGGGUGAAGUAUUCCAACGGAAACCAAGCUAUUCGUCACUUGGGUGUUCCUACUAUCUCGGUUCCGAUGGGACUAAUGGAGGAUACGAAAAUGCCUAUCAAUUUAACGUUCGCAGGAAAGGCGUACGAGGAUACCAAGCUUCUUGAAUAUGCCUAUGCCUUUGAGGUAGCGACAAAGCACCGCGCCAUCCCGCCACUGGUGCCUGGACUGGAUACAGAUGUUCUAAAAACUUCGCGCAGUGAAGGCUCUGCCACUCUCACUCAUGCGGAAACGGCGCGGAUUGAAGUGCAGGGUCAGUCUAAGGAAAUUGCCGGCUCGACAGUUAGUAUUCAGCUUCAAGGAGCUUUGAAACUUAGCAAGGAUACCAGAAUGGAAGAUCUCAGCUGCUAUGUCAAUGGGAAUCCGGUUGAGGUGACUGUGGAAGGAAAUCAAUGGCAGCUGGCAACAACAUACGCCAAAUCUGCUCGUGACAGCACGUGGUCUCGAUGGACGAGCCCAGCUGCUCACCAGGUCAUAAUUAUCCUUGUUGCGCGCUUUAGCAACACGCCUGCUACUGGUAAAUUAAUUUUGCUCUAGAUCCCUUUCGGUGGACAGUGGUAGUAUUCCGAGAAGUAAAGCAAGAAUUGCCGAUUAAGCAUACGGUUCGCCUGGGGAAUAAUAAAACGCUCAUCACAAAGAAACAGAAGAGAAGACAUUACAUGACGAUUAUACUCCAGCAAAUAAACCAGUAAAUUUAUUCGCACAGAAGUUGAAAAUAGAGCGUUCUUAUCCCUUAAUCCACCUCUGGUCAGCCUUGUCGUACCCGAUAGACUUCAAGUCAAUGUUGAGCGUCUUUAACAUCAUAUCCAUAGUAAAGUCCUCAGGUUCAUCUUCCUGUUCCUUAGCAGCAGCUUUCUUAUUUUUCUCCUUCUCCUCCUCAAUUUUCCGGCUCAUCUCCUCCUUUCUCUCCCUCACUUCUUCAUCAUCAA